AUGGCCGACCAAUUCACUGACACCAAAUUAUAUAGAUCCUGGCUCUUCAAGCUCCUUAACUAUGAAAUUAGAGAAAAAACUAAACAACUAGCUUAUGAAAGUGCUAAGUAUCCCUUAUUACUACAAGAAUUGAGAAAUUUUACUUCAUUCAUUGAUUUUAAUUGCCUUAAAUGUUUAUUAACGAGGAACAACGAUAAAGAUCUUGUUAAGAUUAAAACUAGACAUUUGAGAAAGCUGCACAAUCUUGGCUUAACUCCAGAAUAUGAGGUCGAAAGCAGCAAAGUAAUAUUCAACCAUUCAAAUAGGAAACUAUCUGAGGAUGAAACCAAACUACUAAAUUUAGGUCUUGAUUUUGCUUUACCUUGUAAAUCCCCUACAUUUGCCGAACAUUUUUUAGCUUUUGAACGUCUAUGUCAUACCAUCAAUAACUGCCAAAUCCGUGACAACUCUGAAUCUAACAAACAGAGAGUUGUUGAGAAAAUUGCUAGUUUAGCUAAUGAGACCUUUUACGACUUCAAAAGACAUAGACAUUGGUUACCAUCCUUUAGCAAAGCCAACCACAACGCUUUGAAAUCUUUAAAGAAUGACUCUAGCAUCAUUAUUACCAAACCUGACAAAGGAAAAGGCGUUGUGAUAUUAGAUAAAAAGGAUUAUGUCAAUAAAGUAAAUGUACUUCUAUCAGACCAUACCAAAUUUAGAAAGUUAGAUACUGAGCCAUUUACGAAGAUUAUUCAGUUAGAGGACAAAUUAAACAGAAUGUUAAAACAUCUGAAAGAUAAUGACUCCAUUUCCUUGGAUAUAUAUAACCAACUUAGAGCAUCUGGCUCUUUACCUGGAAUACUAUAUGGAUUACCAAAAGUUCAUAAACCCGAUAUACCAGUUAGACCUAUAUUGUCAGCUAUAAAAACAUUUAACUACAAUCUAGCCAAAUUUUUAGUGCCAAUCCUCAAACCUAUUACUACCAACGAAUACACUGUCCAAAACUCUUUUGAUUUUGCUAAACAGAUGUCCACAAUUAGCUUUGAAAAUCCUGUUAUUAUGGCCAGUUUUGAUAUACAGUCAUUAUUUACAAACAUACCCUUGAAAGAAACAAUAGAUAUUUGUACAAAUAGGUUAUUUGAAAAUACUGACAAUGUGCAUAACUUCACAAAAGACCAAUUUAUGAAAUUGUUAAAAUUAUCUGUGGAAGACUCUGUUUUUAUGUUUAACAACCAAUUAUACUCUCAAACUGAUGGCGUAGCAAUGGGAAGCCCGCUAGGCCCAACUCUCGCUAAUGUAUUUUUAUGUUAUCACGAGAACUAUGUUAACUCUAAACAUGACAACAUACAUUUUACUUCUGAAGUUGAAGUCAACAACUCCCUGCCUUUUCUGGAUAUUAGACUUGAUCACGAUCAUAACACCUUUAAAACCUCUGUUGUGCCAUUCAGCCAGGGGGACACUCCGGCCCGAAAAGAAAUCAAGGAUGAAUGGGGACAGUUUCGUCCAGGAGUAGGGCAUGAUUGUCAGAACGUGAAGGAGUGGGCCAAGUGUGUUGCAAGAGGUGUAGGCGAGCGAAGGUGUGGCUCCUCGCGGGAGGUAGGAAAAGCAGCCUCACAUUAUGGUUCAUGCUGGUGCGGUGCAUUAUAUAUUACCAUGACUGAUGCCCCCGUGCGAUGCCCAUGGUAG